AUGGCAACCAUUUUCAAUUCAUACUCUGGCUUCUAUCUUUUGGCAUUCUUUUGUUUCAUUCAGCUUUCAGUAAUUAAUUAUCCCAUUGCAGCCCAGACUAGUGGCCGUAGUUUUGGUGGUGGUGGUUUCACCGCUGAACUCAUCCACCGCGACUCCCCACUCUCCCCACUCUACAACCCAUCCACCAACAAGUUGAACCGCCUCGUCAACUCUUUUCGUCGCUCAUUUUCUCGUGCCAGUCACUUGAAGCAGACCUUAAAAUCUUCAACUGAUGGUAUCCAAUCCCAAAUUGUUUACGCCGGUGGAGAGUACGUCAUGAAGUUAUCCGUUGGAACUCCACCUGUUCCAUUGUUCGGGAUUGUGGAUACAGGUAGCGAUCUUACUUGGACACAAUGCAAGCCUUGCACUCAGUGUUUCAAGCAAAAUUUACCGUACUUCGAUCCCAAUCAUUCAUCAACAUACAAAGAGUUAUCGUGUCGGUCACAAUUUUGUGAGUUCUUGGGGAGUGCUGAUCCCUCCACUUGUACCAGCAGGGAUAGCAUUUGCCAGUAUAGCACACACUACGGAGACAAUUCUUUCAGUAUCGGUCACCUUGCUGCUGAAACAUUCACCUUCGAAUCAUCGACUGACGGACGGGCAGUUCCGAUCCCCAUCAUGGUCUUCGGUUGUGGGCAUAAUGACGAGGGCACGUUCAACGAGACAGCUACUGGUAUAGUUGGCCUUGGGGGCGGCAAGCUUUCAUUCGUAAGCCAAUUGAGGCACUCGAUUCACGGAAAAUUCUCGUACUGUUUACCACCAUUAGAUUCAUCACUUUCAAAAACCAAGUUAAUUUUUGGCGACAAUGCAGUAGUAAGUGGUGUCGGGGUCAUCUCAACUCCAAUAACCAAAAAAUCAACCGACACAUUCUAUUACCUCACAUUGGAGGGCAUUAAAGUUGGAAACAAGAGCCUAACAUACACACCGUCUUCCAAAGUGAAUUCGGUUGAUCAGGGUAACAUCAUCAUCGACUCAGGGACAACUUUAACGCUCCUGCCAAAUGAGUUGUAUGAAAAAUUAGAAUCAGAAUUGAUAAAAGUCAUUACAGGAAACCGUACUUCGGAUCCACUAGGGUUGUUCAGCUUAUGUUAUAGUAAUAGCAUCGAUAUUACCAAGUUGCCUACAAUAACAUUCAAAUUCACCGGAACUGACCGUGAACUGCCACUGUUGAUUACUUUCUUACAAAACGGAAAUGGUCCAGUAUGUUUAGCCUUUGUUCCUACCGAUGAACUCCCAAUCUUUGGAAACUUGUCACAAAUGAACCUCUUGAUCGGUUAUGAUCUUGUCAAAAGUGUAAUUUCUUUCAAGCCAACUGAUUGCACCAAGUGGAACUAG